AAACCAGAACUGAGGGAAUAUUAUAUAGGCUUAGUAUCCGAAUAAUUAAUUGAUAAUUAAUCCCAAGCAAAUCUCUUGUUUUUUCCUAACCACCCAUAGUAAAUUGGCAUGUGGACAAAUAUAUAUUAGUUGAUAAAAAUGAUUAGUGACUUGUUUAUGUAACAACUAAUAAGUUUGGUACUUUUAAAAUAGGAAGUGUGAACAUUUGAACUUUAGGCUUUUAGUCUUUAGUCUUUGCAUAAAUGUUUACACCCUUUGUUAUUCACGUUUUUCUUCUAUGAACUCUUGACCAAUGUGUAUUGUGUCAUUAAUAAUUUGACAUAUAAAAAAAAAGGUAUUUGCAUCGACUAAACAAAAUAGUAAAACACAUGUUUUAGACAUUUUAUAUUAAUUGAUAAAAAUGAUUAGUGAGUCGUUUAUGUAACGAUUAAUAAGUCUAAUACUUUUUAAAUAGGGAGUGUGAACAUUUGAGCUUUUAGGCUUUAGUCUUGCAGAAAUGUUUACACCCUCUGCUAUUGAUGUGUAUUUUUUUCUAUGAACACUUGACUAAUGUGUACUAUGUCAUCUAUAUUUUGACAUUUUAAAAAAGUAUUUGCAUCGACUGAACAAAAUAGUAAACACACAUGUUUUAGACAUUUUUACAUUAGUUGAUAAAAAUGAUUAAUGACUUGUUUAAGUAACGAUUAAUAAGUCUAGUAUUUUAAAUAGGGAGUGUGAACAUUUGAACUCUAGGCUUUAGUCUUGUAAAAAUGUUUAUAACCUGAUGUGUAUGUGUUUUUUUUUUCCUGUGAACUCUUGAUCGACUAAUUGUCCUACAUCAUUUAACAUUUAAAAAAAAUAUUUGCAUCGAGUAAACAAAAUAAAUAAAAACACACAUGUUUUGACAUUCCUUUUAGUAACGUGAUUUGAACAUUCUGCAACUCGUGAUUUCGUAAAAAUCGUUUAGCUCAGUAUAUCACAAUUAUCAAAAUGUCUUUAUAUAAAAUUUGGUACUGUAGCAUACGAUAUUAAACGUAGAGAAAAACAAAAGUAAUACAAGAAUAACUUAUAAUUUCAUAAAACAAUAGAAUCUAUCAAUUGUUUAUAAAACAGUAAAUUUAAAACGCUAAAAAUAUAUGUUUAAUAUUGUUUGUCUUACAAAACCAUUCAAUUAAUUCGUGUAUUUAAAUAUCUCAAUCCUAAUUGUGGAAAUUGAUAACAAUACCAGUCCAUUUAGUCUUUUGUGAAACAUGUUAGACCGCAAAUAAUUUUUAACAGUUUCAAUUUCAAAAACUUUGAAAAUUUUCUUAUGAGUUUUGAUAAUAGUCUUUUUUUUUAUAAAUUAAAUACUUCAAUAGAUUUUAUAACUUGUUAUUAUAUUAUCGAAGUUUUUAGGUUCAUAAAUAAAUUAUCAUCAGUUAUGUCUAAAUGUAUACUCUAAAAAAUUCAUGAUGUUCUUAACAUAUAUAACUAAUAAUUCCUAAUUCCCUUUUCUCAAUUUUAUUUAUCUUUAUACAUUAAUAAAAAUAAACUAAAAAUGUCUUCUUGGAGUGAAUGCAUGAAUUAAUGAUUUUGGUGGCUUUGUCUCUAGGCCGGUUCUGAAUUAACAUCAUGUAUUAUAUAAUAUAAAUUUUGGAGAUACCAAGUUAAAAUCUUGGUGCAUGGGAGAGAUUUAUUUUCUAAACAAUAGUUAAAUUAUAUGAUUAGGAUCAUGGUUUAGCAAAAAUGUACGGACCUACAAAUUCGAAACCGUAUAAUCACUAACUAAAAUCAUUGACGAAAUAUGAAUAAAUCCGUAAGAUUAUGAAUCAACCAUUCAAAGUCUUGAAUCACAGAAAGAAAAAUAUGAUCAUCAGUGACCGCGUCCAACAUUUCUCGACCUUGAAGUCACGCUAUAUACUACAAUAUCGCACGACUAGGACCCUUGUAUAGUAGUUACGGUUUAUUCUGUUUUCGGUCAGCCCAUGCUAGUUGAAUUAUAGUUUGAUUUCAUUAUAAUUGGCUUAUUCGAAAGACUUGCUGUUUUUUAUACUUUCGUCAUAAUAAAAAACAAUUUGACUUUUAAAGUCAAGUCUUUUAUAAUCUUAAUAUAUUAGUUUAGACCACGAUGGUUCCAUUUGAUAGAAGAAUAAUCGUUCUCUAGAAGAACUGGUGACUGGUGAGCCAUCGUAAUCAUCGUAUGGACAUGGACUAAAGUGUGCUUUGGACUUUGGCUAUUUCACGGAAAUUUUGGGGAAGUUGCUGCAACUAUCCUCUACUAUACUCUCGGUCUAAAGACAUUGUGAUAUGUUGUCGAUGACGAUUUAAAGAAUAAAUCAAAACAAAUAUUUCCCCUUUUACAUUUUAAAGUAGUUUUAUAUUUUUUUAUAUUUUUGGUCCUGAAUCACGAUGAAUUUCACAAAGCCGCCUUCCUAGCUAAGGAGAUGAUUCGAAUGAAUUGACUCCUCAGAUAAUGUAAAGGCCUGAAAGGAGUUUAAAAAUAUAUUUAGCUUUUCUAAACAAACAAUGUAUAUAUAUAUUUACCGAAGACAGUCUGCUAAAAAUACAAUACUAUUUAAAGAUCUCUUAUUUUCAGCUAAUACGAUGUUACAUGUCAAUUUCAGUCACACUCACCUGGUUGCAAUAAAUGAACGGUGUGAUUCAAAAUGCUUGGCAUACAAGAUUUUGAGAUUUUUUUUUUACAAAUAUAUAUCCUGUAAAAUUGUGCAUAAAUCUGAAUUUUUAUUUUAUUUGUUUGUACUAAUCCAAAUUAUUUUAAACAUCUAAUCUAUUCAGUUAUGGUCCUAUUUCUUAUCUACUGUAUAAAGGUUGUCAUUUAAAUUUGAACAUAUUCAUCCUAGUUACAUUAAAUCACAUGUGAUUUACAUAAAAAUUAAUACAUGUAUUAUAUUUACACUAUAUUGUCGGACACUAAACAUAAACCAAAUCUAAUUUAACCAAACCAAACGAGAAUUCGGUUAUGUAAUACAUAAUAACAUAAUUUAACAAAGCUUUAUCAUAAGUUAUUGGAUGCAUUCACUAAUGUGUUUUUAAUAGAAGCUGGUCUAUUUUCUUCUCUUCGGUCAAUGAAUUCCCCACUCACCGCCAUAAUCAAUUCUUCACACGCUAUAAUUCAAUUUCAUAUUCUUUCAUCAUACUAAGUUAUUAACCAUUAAAAACAAUCAUAAUAUAGACAAGCUUUGUUAAAUUAUGUUAUUGUAAAGAAAUAGAUCAUAAUAUCAAACAUUGAGCUUAAACCAAAUAUUCUUUAGACAUAUAUUUGGUUAGAUAAAACCGGUUCUUUUUUUUGUAUUUAAUAAUUUCAAAUUUCAAAUAACACUAUAUCUGAUAAAUAUUUCGAAUUUAUAAACUAACUAAUCUUUCAAAAAUUACGAUCCUGAAAUAUAUCAGUGGAUAUGAACAUGUAACUAACUCGUAUUUAAUAUCACAAUCAAUGUACAUGUUAAAUUAAGGGUGAGCUUAUUCGCUCGGAUUCGGUUCGGAUGUAUUCGAGUUUUAAUUUUUUGGGUUUUCGGGAUUAAACAUUUUAGCUCCAUUCGGGUAUUUAUAAAUUUUGGUCAUGUUCGGUUUGGGGUUGUAUAACCCGUUUAAAUGAUUUUACAAAGUGUAGAAACUCACUAUAUACUAUAAAUUUCUCAAAAAUAUAAGAACAAAAUAAUAUAUUACAUAUAAAUUUGAAUAAUAUAUUUCAAUAUACAUAAACUGAACAUAUAAAUUGGUUUGACUUGAAUAUUUGGAUAGAGCAUCAAUAGAUACUUCAAGUAUUUUUUGUGUGUUUGAAUAUUAUUUUAACUAGAUUAUGAUCCACGCGGUUGUGCAAGAUUAUUUAUAAUUUAUGUUUUUAAUUAUAAUUAUGAUUUGAUGAUAUUUAUAAAAUUUGGUUGACUUCCGCAUUAAUUACAUUAUGAUUUUCAUCAAAUGAUUAUAAGAUAUAUUCCUCCCAUAAACAUAUUAAAAUGUAAGUAAUUAGUUUCAACAACCACCAAUAUAUAGUGACUUAUUACCAAAAUAUAACUAGUUAAUCCAUGUUUAGUGUAUAAAUAUUUACUAUGUCAAAAUGAUAUUGGUUUAUUCUAAUCACUACUGUUGAAUAUACAUCUUACCUUUAUAACAUAGAGGUACAAAAUUAGCAGAUAUUUUAUGACUUGGUAUAUAACAUUGAGAUAUACCGAUUUUCUAAGCAUAUUUAAAAUAUCCAUUCAAUACAAAAUAAAUAAAUAAACAGAAAAUGUAACCGAAUAUUGCUACCUAAAUCAGAAUCAAAUCAAAAAUUUAUAUCCCUAAGACCCACAUGCUCGAAUUGAACUCGAAAUUUUAUUGGGUUCCUAGAGUCGUUAUUUGAACCAAACCAAAAACAAAAUAACUAAACUCAAACUAUACUUAAAUUCAUAAAUAACAAAACAAUUCAUGUAUUUCUUACACUAAAAUACAAUAAUUACAACCGAACGGAAUCAAACCAAAAACCAUAAAAUACAAUUCAGAAGUGAACUAAAGUUUAUAAAUAUCAUCAGAUCAUAAAAUUUUAUUUUAAACACACAAAUUAUAAAUAAUUCCGCGCAAAUUAACAACAAACAGAUCAAGUGCAGCCAAGUACAACAAUUACAAUAACAAAAAGAGAGAGAGAGAGAGUACAACAAUUACCUUCAUCACAUGCAUGUGGUCAGGCAAAUUGAAUUUUCUCCUGCGGUCCUGUGCCAUUAAGAUCUACCAUAUAUUUAUAUUUAUAAAUCUCUAUUUUGGUUUUUUUUUUCAAGAGUAAUAGAAAACACAUGCAGAUAGUAUAAUGGUUUGUAUUUUUGUUGUCGUCCAGUCAUGUAAUUAAGUUUUAUAUCCCAUCAAAUUCUGAAAACAUUUCUUUUGUAACCUUUUAUAGAAAAGAAGUUUGUGAUGUUUUUGAAGAUUCUUACAUUAUUGGGGAAAACUAUUCUAGAGAAUUUCCCUAGUUUUGGAAGGUGAAAAUCUUAAGAGCUUUAAAUCCUUUACUAAUACCACCAAGUAUUAUGGUGCUCGCACUAUUUUGUUUUUUUCAUGUUUUUUUUCUUUAACAACAUUGGUCAUUCAUGAAUCAAUUAGCUGAUAAGUAACAUUAAAUUAUAUAAUCAGGUAAGUGACAAACUGGCUGAUUUUACUUUUUGUAUCAGUCAAUACUUUUACGUUUUAGUUAUUCUAAGUUCUAACUUGCUAUGUAAGUUGCUUAGAGUGCAUGAUCAUUUUCAAGAUAUAAGCUAUAUCUCACUUUAUUUCUUUUUUCAUGCAACAAAACAUGUUUUCUAAUUAAAAAUACCUAGAAAACCUUUGAAAGUUUUAUUCCCUAGUUUUUGAUGAAAAAGAAAACUGAACGAAAAAUUAAAAUAAAAACCAGCAAAAUGGAAGAAAAUCUAUUAAUUUAAUAAUGCAACAGAUCGAAAAUGUUUAUUCGUCGAUUUUGAAAAUAAUUUGGAGACGAAAGAAUUAAAGAAAAUGACUAACAAGUUUUGAAUGAGUUGACUGGGAGAUACUUUUCUUCUUCUUUUUUGACUCGAAGAUAUAUACUUUCAAAGAUGAAUAAUAUUUGUCUAUUUUGUUUAUAACUUUAUACACCGUACCCAUAUAACACUCAAAUGUUUUUUCUUCAAACAAAUAACUUGUUUAUGAAGUAGAAUGUUAGACUAAUAACAACAAGAAAAUUGUUCUUUGAAUAAACAAAGAUAGAAGCAAAGAAAAGUAGUAAUAGAAAAGGAAAACUUCUGAGUAGUUUACUUAACAUAACAAGAAAUUCUAAGAAAUUUAAGUGGGAAGGUGGAAUGAAUCUUUAAUUUUAAUGGGUCCCAACUAAACCCCGUCACGUCUAUUUAAGACAACCGUACCAUAAUCCAUUGCUCAAAUCUAGUCUCUUACUACAAACAUCAAAACCUACAAAUCAAACAAAAUAUUUUUAAGUUCACUCACCAUCUCUCUUUCUUUCGUUCUCCAAUGGCCUCACUUCAACUCUCCUCUCAUUUUCUUGGCACAAACACUAAGAAACACAGCUCCAUGUCCAUCUCUCGUACUUACUCUCCUGUCCCAUGCACCAGAUUAUUCUCCCGCAAGUUUAUGUCGUGUUCCAUGUCUAUGAAUGGAUGCGAAGGUGAUUUCAAGACGCCACUUGGUACAGUUGAGACGAGGACUAUGGCGGCAGUUUUAUCUCCAACAUCCGCCACUGAGAGUCUAAUCUCCGCCGUCUCUGAGCUUAAGUCUCAACCUCCGCCGUUUUCCUCCGGCGUCGUCCGCUUAGAGGUACCAAUCAACCAGCAAAUCGGAGCAAUCGAUUGGCUCCAAGCGCAGAACGAGACUCAUCCUCGCUGCUUCUUCUCUCGCCGUAGCGACGUUGGUCGUCCUGAUCUUCUUCUCGACUUAGCGAGCGAGAAGGAUAACAAUAACGGAGGCUCAUCAGGUCGUGAUCUGGUCAGCGUUGCUGGUAUCGGUUCAGCAGUGUUCUUUCGUGACCUUGACCCGUUCUCUCAUGAUGACUGGAGAUCCAUCAGAAGGUUUUUGUCGUCUACGUCACCUUUGAUUCGUGCCUAUGGUGGCAUGAGGUUUGAUCCUAACGGCAAGAUCUCUGUGGAGUGGAAACCCUUUGGUGCAUUUUACUUUGCAGUGCCUCAGGUUGAGUUUAAUGAGUUUGGGGGAAGCUCAAUGUUGGCUGCAACUCUUGCUUGGGACGAUGAACUCUCUUGGACUUUGGAAAAUGCCGUUGAAUCACUUCAAGAGACUAUGCUUCAGGUUUCUUCUAUUGUGAUGAAAUUGCGGAGGGAAUCUCUAGGAGUAUCUGUUCUUAGCAAGAACCAUGUUCCUACAAAAGGAGCGUAUUACCCUGCCGUAGAGAAGGCUUUGGAGAUGAUAAAUCAAAAGAGUUCAUCCCUUAACAAGGUUGUGCUUGCUCGCAACAGCAGAGUGAUCACAGAUACCGACAUUGAUCCCAUCGCAUGGCUUGCACAGUUACAGAGUGAAGGGCAUGAUGCGUAUCAGUUCUGUCUUCAGCCACCAGGUGCACCAGCUUUCAUCGGAAACACGCCUGAGAGACUUUUCCAAAGGAAUCAGUUAGGUGUCUGCAGUGAAGCUUUGGCUGCAACUAGGCCUCGAGGUGCUUCAACGGCUCGCGAUAAGGAGAUAGAGCUUGACUUACUAACCAGCCUGAAGGACGACCUUGAGUUUUCUAUUGUACGAGAUAAUAUACAAGAAAAAUUUAACUCUAUAUGUGACAAGGUAGUUGUUAAGCCCCAAAAAUCUGUGAGGAAGCUUGCAAGAGUGCAGCACUUGUAUUCUCAAUUGGCUGGGAGGCUUAGGAGGGAAGAUGAUGAGUUUGACAUCUUGGCUGCUCUGCAUCCAACUCCAGCUGUUUGUGGACUUCCAGCUGAAGAAGCCAGGCUUUUAAUCAAGGAAAUAGAAUCAUUCGAUAGAGGAAUGUAUGCCGGACCUAUUGGAUUUUUUGGUGGUCAAGAGAGUGAAUUUGCAGUUGGGAUCAGAUCAGCUCUGGUUGAAAAGGGUCUUGGAGCAUUGAUCUAUGCAGGGACAGGGAUAGUAGCAGGAAGCAACCCAACCUCAGAGUGGAAUGAGCUUGAUCUAAAGAUAUCUCAGUUUACCAAGUCAAUUGAAUAUAAGUCAACAAGUCUACAGAGGGUUAAUUGAAGAAGAGUAAACAACAUUUGUAUUGUAUGGGAAUGUGGGUUACAGUAAAAUUCACUGUGUUGUCAUUUGUCAAUGUAUCUUUGUAACUAGAAAGAAUAAUUUAUGUAACUUUAGUCUCUCUUUUCUUUUGUCAAAAGAUUUAUGUAAGUUAGUCUGUUUCUGAUUGUUAAUGGGUCUAGUCUCUCUUGGUUGUAACUAGGCCUUUAUGAUUGUUAAUUUGAUUCUAUCACUACCAAAGACCUUGUAUUAAUGGAUACGAAUACAAUCUCUUUUCUUUUCU